AUGGAUACAAAGUACAAAGAAGACCUCUUCAGAAAAUAUGUACAGUUCCAUGAGUCUAAACUGGAAGCUUCCGACAGCAAGCAGCGAGCCAUCAGCGAUGAGUACCUACGUACAGCCGCUUCGGCCUUACUCAGCCUACCCAAAAUCGACCCCGCUCAUCGAUUCCGGCUGAUCCGCUUCUAUGACGUGUGCGAGAAUUCUCUCAAAUCCCUGCGGACUUCCAAUCUGCGCUCACUUCACAAUGCCGCGGCUAUGCUAGAGACUGUCGGUAUUAAUCUUUUCCUUUAUCCCUGGAAGAAGGAGUACAAGAAUAUCAAGACUUACACCGGGCCAUUUGUUUACUACGUUAGAGCUGCUUUAAUUGACGACGACAUUAGGCAUAUAUUAAAUAACAUGGGCUAUGUUCAAGAGUACGGCACGGUCUACAGGCUCAAAGACCACGUGGAUACCACCCAAGUCAAAAGAGUGGCCUUUGAGCUUUUCCUGGCACGAGUGGAAUGUGAGCUUCUGCUGGAAAUCUACUUGCAAGUCAAGGAUAAAGGCUACUUGGAGGUGGACGUGGUGAACGAGCGGAAGAACAGCAACGAGGACGUCAGGGGCUGCACAGACGAAAUGAAGAGGCGGUCAGAAUAUAAAGAGAGCCUGAACAUAUCAAUGGCUAGGAUGGUCCUCCAGAAGUCAGCCAGCGAGAGAGCGCCGUCUAAAGACUAUUUAAAACAGAAGGUCACAAAGCCGUCAAAAUCGGUUGAUACGUACGACAGCUACUGGGACAGCAAAAACAAGCCGCCUUUGACGGCCUCCCUGAGCUUCAGGAAGGAGCCCCCCAUUCUGGUAGACACAGAAGAUGACCUUAAGGAUGAAAUUAUACGCCCCUCGCCGUCUUUACUGGCCAUGUCUAGCUCUCUGCACGGCUGCUCUGAUGAAUUUUUAAAUAUUUCAUCCAACCCCAAUGGACUGAUCCGAGCAAACCACACCUACGGUUAUUAUCCUGCUGACGAUGAGGUAGAUUUAUACACCGACAUGGAUUCUAGAAUGAUCAGCGUGAAGCGGCAGGAACUUGCCAAGCCCGACGUCUGGCUCUUUGAAAACAAGAUGAAUCCGUCUCAUCACAAGCGUUCGCUGUUAGCCAAAGAGACAGUAUUCAUGAAGUGCCAAAGCUGCGGCCUGUCUUCUGGUGGUCCCUUAUGCCAAAAGUGCGAAAGCAUGAUUCUCCAUCGCCCGGACGGUUCUACGCUCAAGCAGAGCAACCUGUCAAUCAAUACUUCGGCUCAAAACGACGGUUACUCCUCCGGUUCGGGGAUGCGCGAGAAGUCUUACGUCAGUUCGUCCCAAGACCCGUCUUCUCAACAGAACCCCAAAAUGAAAUUUUCCUCUUCUCUGCGCUGCAGCUUCUGCAACAGGCUCGGUGCCUCUCUCACCUGCACAGUCUGCUCCAAAGUUUCAUGCGAAGCUUGUGUCACCGCUUACACUCGCGAUUACUGUUGCCGGAAAAGCGAUUAUCAUAAAUUUGCACCAAACAAUCAGCUAAAUUACAAAUCCUCCCAGCUAGCCCACCUUGUGUACAGAUAA